GGUGUUUUAUGUCUUCAAUCACAAAACUCUGUCAUGAUUUUGGCAAUAGUUAUAGCUUUGAUAAGUGCACCCUUCAUUUGGUGGAUGCUCAUUUUGUCGAAAUAUAGGUCCUUAAGCAACGUCCCUGGCCCGAAACCUUCACCUGUCAUUGGUAAUUCUCUUCAUAUAGGGUACAGGCCCCAAGACUUAUUCAAUAACAUUGUGAAAUGGGCAAAAGAAUACGGCACAGUGUACAAAAUAUUUGUGGCGAACGACGUACGAGUCCUUAUUACAAAUCCUGAACUGACUGAACUAGUGCUCAGCUCAAACGUGCACAUUACCAAGUCGAACGCUUACGAUUUGCUCAAGCCAUGGCUAGGAAUCGGGUUGUUAAUAAGCACAGGAAAAAAAUGGAAGAGUCGUCGAAAGCUGAUAACGCCAACGUUCCACUUUAAAAUCCUUGACCAAUUCCUGGACGUUUUCAAUUCAUGUGGGAACGUUCUUGUGCAGAGACUGUCCAGUCAAGUGGGCAAAGAUUCCUUCGACGUGUAUCCCUUUAUAAACCUCUGCUCCUUGGAUAUAAUAUGUGAAACCUCAAUGGGAGUUAAAAUCAAAGCACAGCAGGGAAAUAAUACAGAAUACGUGGAAGCCGUUCGCCGAUUCCUCGACAUUUUUAUCAUCCGGACAUUUUCGGUUUGGAAGGGAAUCGAUGCCUUAUUUAAAUUUUCAAGUGCUUAUAGCGUCUACAAACGCUUAUUAAAAAUUUUACACCAAUUCACAAUCAACAUUAUCGUCCAACGUCGUGGGGAAAAAGCGCAGCAAAAAACCCAAAACGUGACGUCCGAUGACGGCAUCAAACGCAAAGUUGCCCUCCUGGAAAUGCUGCUAGAAUCCGAAGACAACAACAUGCUCUCAAACGAAGACAUCAGGGAGGAGAUUGACACGUUCAUGUUCGAAGGACACGACACCACAACCUCGGGGAUCGCCUUCGCCAUCCUCUGCCUGGCCGAGAAUCCCAAAGUGCAGGAAAAACUCUACGAAGAAGUGGUCGCGGUAAUCGACAACAUCGAGAAUAUUACGAUGCAACAGCUGCAAGAAAUGAAAUAUCUGGAAAUGGUGCUGAAAGAAGCCCAACGGCUGUACCCCUCUGUGCCGGUUAUUGAACGCCGGCUGGAAGUUGACUGUAAUAUAGGCGGGUAUGACUUUCCCAAAGAUACGUUUCUCUCGCUGUUCAUCUACGGAAUGCAUCACAACGAAAAAUAUUUCCCUGAACCGGAGAAAUUCGAUCCUAAUAGAUAUCUGCCCGAAAACCAGGCAAAGAGGCACAAUUAUGCCUAUGUGCCGUUCAGUGCCGGCCCACGUAAUUGCAUUGGCCAAAAAUUCGCAAUGCUUGAAAUGAAAACAACCAUCGCCAAAAUCGUGAAACACUUCAAAAUACUGCCAGUGCCUGAUUACAAGCCAGAUUUGGGAAUAGCCGCUAUUUUGAAGUCUUAUAACGGGGUUUGUGUGCGACUCCAGCAUAGGCAUGGGAACUAAACAGUAAUAAUUGUAAUAAUUAUUAGGUUAAGAACACAAAAGGAGUGUGUCAAUGUCAUUACGUUCAAUAAAUGUUUUUUACU